AUGGCUGCUAUCGUUUUCAGGGUUGCGCUCCGGAGCUGGAGAACCGGCGCUCUGCCGGGUUGCGGGCUGCGGCACCUGAGCCAAAUUCAGGGGUCACCUGAUUACCCUAGCUUCGUGGAAUCUGUGGAUGAAUACCACUUUGUGGAGCGCCUGUUACCCCCUACCAGCAUCCCAGAGCCCCCAAAGCAUGAACAUUAUCCCACUCCCAGUGGCUGGCAACCUCCACGAGACCCCCCACCCAACCUGCCCUACCGUGUGCAGCGCUCUCGGAUGCAUAACAUACCAGUCUACAAAAACAUCACACAUUGUAACCGCCAGACGACUGUGAUCCGAAAGGUGGAGGGGGACAUCUGGGCCCUGCAGAAGGAUGUGGAGGAUUUCCUCAGCCCGCUGCUGGGAAAGAAGCCCAUCACUCAGGUCAAUGAGGUGACGGGGACCCUACAGGUCAAAGGCCACUUUGACCAGCAGCUGAAAGGCUGGCUCCUGGAGAAGGGUUUCUGA